UGGAACAGAAAAGAAAGAAAGCACAAUGUGGCCAAAUGACUCUGAUUCUAAGUAUCGUAAUUAUUGGAACAGUAAACAUAUCGUAAGUGGGAAAGCAACGAGGAGUGUUUCUGGAGGAAGAAGCGAGAUACUAUCUCCUAAUUAUGGUGCCACAGCACCAGUGAUGCACAGCCCUCACCUUUGUCAAAUGUCCAGAAGCAGGCUACCUCUCAAAAUGGUGGUAUCGGAUGUUGUUCACAGAGACUUCGGUGCUCUGCAACAGCCAUCAUCCACUCCCUCACGUUUCAUCAUAACACCAAAGAAAAGGAGCAGUCCUUAUGACUACUACAAGAAUGUGGUACACAGACGUAGUCAUACUCCAAGGAAUCAUCCUAUAGUGGAGGAAAUGCAAAAGAAAUUUAAUUCAAUGUAUGGGCAUCAUUUCCAAAAUGCGACAUCAGAUACUUCUUGUGCUUCCACAUCUCUUGCACAUGAGUCUCCAAUGGAAACAGAUAGUACUGAACAAGAAAGCAGCAUACCAAAAUUUAGUAACUUCUACAAGGAAUAUUUGCAAAAACAGCAGUCAACACCUAAAGAAAUGAAAAUCUCUGAUUCUCAUCUAUAUUGUAAUACUGACAAGUAUACUUCAGAAGAAAAUGAAAUUGAAAAUGAUGAAAGGAACAAGGAUGGUACAAACAAAGGACAUGGACACUUCAUGCUGGCAGAGAAUUUUCUACACACAAUUGAAGAAAGACCGUCAGUAAGCAAUAAAGAGAAUGACUCACCACCAGAAUAUUCGAAAACUAAAUCUGACGAUGAAUGUUCAUCAAGUUCAAGUCAAGAGUACAGCUCACAGAAUGACAAUUUUUGCUUUAGUCCAUUGUUAGAAGGAAAGGAGGAUGGAGUCACUCCCAGCAGAGAUAAAAUGACACCUAAAACCUGGACGGUCAAGCAUAAUUCUGCAACUGCUGAUAGCAAACGUACUGCUGGUGGUAAAAUUGAUGUUCUCAGUGAAAGCCCUGCCUCAGAUACAUCAGAAGAGGACAGUAACAUCUGGUUUGCUGAUGAAGACCACAAUGAAGAUUUAAAUUAGGGCUAUAGAGCAGAGAUAUAAAUUGCAAACUGUUCUCUGUAAGACAUAAUCACAUCUCCCAAAUCUAAAAAAGUGUUUAUUUCAGAUAAGUAUCUUACUGAAUUAUAUUACUUUAAUGGUGACUGAAAAUAUGAAAGAAACAGUGAAAAUAGAUUGUAGAAAAUUAGUCUUUCUCACGGCAGGAAAUCAAUAAUUUUCCUGGAACACAAAAAUUAUUGUUCUACCGAGACAAGAAAUAUUGCACUAUAAAAUGACUUUAUCUGUUGUUACGUAAUAUGUCAUACGAAUGAAAGCUUUAGCUUCCUCACCAAAAGUACCAUAGUUAGAUACUUGCAAAAAGCAUUGCUAUAUUUAUUUUGAGUUUUUCAGUCAAGAAAGUCUUACUGAAUACAAAAUGAAACUAGGUUUUAAUCUGUAAAAUAAAAAUAACUGGGUUUUAUAGAUGGAUAGUGUGGUGUUUUAUCCCAAACCAGUUUUAUGAAAAUUGCUGUUUUACAAGAAUAUCAAUUAAAAAAAAGAUCUUAAUGUAUUCACUAUGUAGAAAAUAUUUCACUAUUCAACUGUGAGAUUUCUAGUUGUCUUCUGUAAACCAAAGAUUAAUUUUAAA